AUGCAUGACCUGGAGGUAUGUGUGGUUCUGACCACUGUGGCAGGGAAGAAUGAACACAAAGUGUUGGUUGCCCAUGGAGAGGUGCAGGUUCAGUCCUGUAAAGUUGUGCCCAUCCGCAUCUUUAAUCCUGGUAACUCUGCCGUAACCAUCACGAGGGGGUCCAUUGCUGUGAUGCUUCAGCCUGCCCAAGUUCUGCUUCAAAGGAAAUUCUCUGUGUGCUUUUUUGCCAACGGGAGUUUUCUGUAUGAUGUAAGUGAUGCAGAACAUGUUGGCAAAGCAACUAUCUUAAAUGUGAAUGUGAAUAGAAAAUCCUAUCACAGCAUUAAUGUGCAGAUCAUUUGUGAUGCAGCACACUUAAUCACAAACAUUGAAGCCAAAUGGCCCGGCUCAGUGCAUUAAGUGUGAAUGUAUCGUGAGUCUACCCUGAGCAACAGAUUUGCAAAUCUUGAUGGAUACUUGCUGGGUGAUGGAGGAUACCCAUGCCAGCCCUGUCUGCUGACCCCUUAUCCUGACCCUGAGCCAGGGCCCCAGCAGCAUUUCAAUGUGUCCCACUGCAGGACUCGUGCCCGGGUGGAGAUGACAAUAGGCACACUCAAAUCACAUUUCCAGUGCCUGCAUGGACUCAGGGUAACACCAGAGAGGGCACAUGACAUUAUUGUUGCAAAUUAG